UGACAAAAACAAAUUACAAGUUUGACUAUUUUUCAAUCAGAGUUGACAAACAAACCAACCGCUCAGCAACAAACACGAAGAAGGCGGUUAACAGGAUACGAUUACAAACGCCGAGAGAAUCACCACUACGUCGCCGGAGAUUUACAACUCAGAGUGAAAAAUUUGCGGCGAAGUUGAACGGAAAGAGAUUCAUACUUAUACGAGCAGAGAGCGGAGAUGGAUUCCAACGAGUCCGACACGGCGUAUGAAUCCCUGGAGGAGCCAUCGCAAGAACCUGACUCUAGUGAGAAGCCAACGCACAUACGUUUCCUUGUACCAAAAGCGUUAGCUGGUUAUGUGAUUGGUAAAGGUGGCUCAACCAUCAUUCAGUUCCAGGACAACUCUGGAGCUCAAAUCCUGCUCUCUCGUAAUCAAGAAUAUUUCCCAGGAACUGCUUGUAGAAUCGUUGUGAUAUCUGGCACGACUAUACAAGUUCUCACUGCGUUCCAGCUUGUUCUUGCUAAAUUGCACAGUCAGCUUCAAGGUGAAGAUGGUAGUGAUGUUGAGCUUAGGAGAACAAGAGUUGUGGUUCCACACAGUUCCUGUGGAAUCAUCAUUGGAAAAGGAGGAGCCACCAUCAGGUCCUUUAUUGAAGACUCCAACGCUGGUAUCAAGAUAUCUCCUCUGGACUUCGAGCUGAGUGAUAGGCUAUUGACACUAUCUGGAACCAUGGAGGAGCAGAUGCGCGCAAUUGCUUUGAUUUUGACUAAGCUUACCGAAGAUGAUGAGUACUCCCAGCAAGUGCAUUCCCCCAAUUCAUAUAGAAAAGAUUUAGGUCUUCGCAACCUUUUGCACGCAUGGAAAUCGGCGAAGUCACGCAGAUCUCUUGGAAGUAAACAAAAUCACAAGGAAGAUAGUUACAACUCGGUGACAAUAGGUGUGUCGGAUGAGCACAUAGGUGUGGUCAUUGGCCGUGAAGGAAGUCACAUCAUGGAGAUCAGUGAGUCAAGUGGUGCCAGAAUAAAGAUAUCAGGCCGAGGAGGGUUUCUCCCUGGAACUACUGAUAGGAAAGUUACUAUCUCUGGAUUUCAAGCUUCGAUCGAUUUAGCUGUAUCGAUUAUAGAACGUAAAGUUGACGAGGCAUCGAAGAGGAGGGCCAAGGAUGAAACUGACAUGGAUACAGACUAGUUUUUAAAACAAGUGUUCUAGUAUAUAACAUCAAAAUCUCAAUUUCAGAUUAUCAAUAGCUCUUCAACGGUCAAUGCAGGCAUGCCCUUUCUAUGCAAACAUUGAAAUGUCAAAGAGAGGUCAUCAAAUAAAUCUCUUCCGUGUGCAAA